AUGUUUACAAUAGUUCAUUCAAUCUUUUUAACAAGUAUAUUACAUUACUUUAUAAUAGCAGCUGAUGAAAGUCGACCAAACGACAAUCAUAAUAAGGAUGUAUAUAAUAGUAAUAGUAAUAAUAAUAAUAAUAAAUGUAUUAUUAUAGAAGAAAUCCUCAUUAGUACAUUUGUAUGUGAUUUAAUGUUUCUUUAUGAUCAUUAUACACCGAAAAAUAUAUCAAAGACUUCACUGAUAUUAAAUAUCUUAAAUGAAAAUCAAUAUUUUCAAAUUAUUGAUAAUCAUCAAUUAGUAACAAGAGGACGUAUUGAUCGUGAACAUUAUGUAUUUGAAAAAUUAUGCCAAAAUAUUCAAAAGAAUAAUAAUAUGCUAGUGAAUUUUGACGAGGAUUAUUCCUUAUUAAAUGAAGAUCUUACUGAUGAUCCAUCACAAAUCGACUGUACAAUUAUUUUAGAAUUUGCAUUAAUCAGUCAAAAUCGUACAUUUAAGCCAAUUUUAAUCAAUAUUCCUGUAAAUAUUCAAGAUAUUAACGAUAAUAUACCACGUUUUGAUCAAUAUACAAGUGGAUUAAAACUUGAAAUAAGUGAAGAUGUAUCAACAAUUGAUCAAUCUUAUGUAUCAUCUAUGUUGUCAUCAUUAUCAGUACCACAAUCAUCAGUGCCACCAUAUUGGAUGCCAUAUUUGACUACAGAAAGUCCCUUAAUUCACAAUAGCGGUAGUAGUAGUAGUAGUGGUGGUGGUAAAAAGCGUGAAAUAGCUAUUUUACCCUUGGCAAAAGAUUUCGAUUAUGGAUUAAAUGGUACUGUAGCUUAUAAAUUAGAGGGUCCGGAUGCUGAAUAUUUCGAAUUAUUAAACCAUACAACAGAUUCCCGAAUUUCUAACUCAUAUGAUUCUAAACCUAAAAACAUUAAAUCCCUACAUCUUAUAAGUCGUUUCACUUUAGAUCGUGAACGUAAAUCCGAGUAUCGAUUAAUCCUUUUAGCUUAUGAUCAAUCCGAACAGUCUAAAUUGCGUAAUACAGCUCAAUUACCAAUUAGCAUUUAUAUUAAAGAAGUGAAUGAAUAUGCACCAAAAUUCAAUUUCGGUAUUAAUAUUACUAAUCAACAAGGUAAUACUAUUCGACAACAACUAUUGAACACUGAUCACACAUUUAUUGGACAUUCUAAUCGAUUUCAUCCACAAGUACAAAUUAAAUCAUUUUCAUAUGAUUCCAAAUUGAUUGUAGGUGAACAACAAAACCAAGACCGGGUCGAAGAUAACAAUCAUAUUAAAUUAUCAGAUUCCAAUUAUUUAAUUCUUGGAUUACCUGAAGAUAUCAAUGUUGGGAGUCGAAUCUAUCGUGUACAAGCAAUUGAUUUCGAUUCAAUUGAUUUCUCUACGAUUAAUAAUCCAUACCAAUCUUAUCAAUCAACACAUCCUAGAAUUACUGUACACUAUUUUAUUGCACAAGAAACUGAUCUCGGGGUUAAACAUUAUUUCCGUUUAGGGAAAGAAGAUGGUUGGAUAAUAUUGAUACAACGAUUAGAUUAUGAAUCUGGUCCACGUAAUUAUAUAUUACCUAUUGUGGCAAUUGACUUUGGACGUCCACAGUUGAGUAGCACACUAACACUUACUAUACAAGUAUUAGAUGUCAAUGAUGAAGCUCCGAGUAUUACUAUACGUGGUAUUGAAUCGACUAAUAUACAUCAUAAUAAUAAUCAACGUACAAUUGGACAUUCAACAAUGGACAGUUUUAAUCCUACUCAUUUUCAAAUAUUAGCUGUAAGAGAAAAUUCUCCAAUUGGUACUUUUAUCGCAAAGGUAUCUGCUAGAGAUCGAGAUACAGGAGCUUCAGGAGAAGUGGAAUGUUACUUAAGUGAAGCAGAUAACUUUGGUCGAAAAACUCAGGAAUCUGGUAGUCCAUUUGAAUCGGAUUACUUAAAAAGUCUUCAAAAUUUUGCAUUACAUCAUGUUGAAGAUGAUUCAAUUCAUUCAGCCACUAUAUCAAACAACAUUGAACCAACAGUAUCAUCCAGUUAUAUUCAACACAAACAGUCCAGUGUAUUAGGACGUCAUGAUACUGAGUACAUACUUAUGACAAAGACAAUUUUAAACAGAGAAGUUAAAAAUUUCUAUUUUAUUUAUCUUACAUGCCAUGAUCAUGUUGAAAAAAAAUCUUACUUGAGUUAUUCUUUACAACCCAAUAACAAUAAUAAGCCUUCGUCAACUUCAACAAAACGUCUUUCUUCAACAAAAUUAUUAAAAAUCAAUAUUUUAGAUGAAAAUGACAAUGGACCACAAUUUGAUCGCCUACGUUAUGAAGUGAAAAUCUUAGAAAAUUCCAUUGAAAAUACUGAAUUAAUUAAAUUAAAUGCGAUUGAUAAAGAUGAAGAAAGUCAUAUAGGCUAUCGAUUUGUUCAAAUCACUGAUCAAUUUAUACAAAAUUAUACAAAUUUAAAUUUAAGCACAAUUUAUGCACAUUUUAAAAUUGAUUCAAGAUCUGGUAGAAUUAAAACAACGAAUAUACCAUUAGAUAGAGAAGUUAAAGAUUCAAUGAUAAUACCUGUUAUAGCAUAUGAUGAUGAAUUUCCAAGUAGAACAUCACAUACAUGGAUACAUGUGGAAAUAGAAGAUGUUAAUGAUAAUAUACCAAAAUUAACAGGGAAUACAACUUUUUGGAUAGAUGAAGAAGAUACAACUAUGGAACAUUUGAUCAAUGGUGGUAACCAUAAUCGAAGUAGUAGUAGUAGUAGUAGUAGUAGUAGUAGUAGUAGUACAACUUUAGAUAUAAGACAAUAUCAUUUAACAAAUCACCACAUAUUUAUUGGACGUUUGAAUGGUGAAGAUUAUGAUAUUGGAGAAAAUGGAAAAAUCAUCUUUAAAUUAGGCUAUGAAAAUCAAUAUAAUAUUAAUAGUCCAAAAUGGUUUUUACGUUCAGAUGGUAAUCUAUUUGUUCAAUCCAUUAGAAUGUACAAUGAUAGAAAUAUUGAUAAUAAUAAUUAUUAUUAUUAUUUAGAUCGUGAAAAAACACCUUUUUAUGAAAUACCAAUUAUAAUUAGUGAUUUAGGUAAAAAUCCUACUUUAUCUUCAACAGUAACCAUUACAAUUAGUUUAAGAGAUGUGAAUGAUAAUUCACCAAAAUUUUUAAAACCAUCAUAUAAUAAUAAUCAUAAUUUAAAUCUGAAUAUAAGUCAUAUUCAUGCUGAUCAUGAUCAUACUCGAUCAACUUUAAAUGAUCCCAAUUUGAAAACAUUAAAUAUACCAACUGAACGAAUUAAUAUAUACAAUAUAGAUAAUACAAAUCCUGGUACAUUAAUUUAUACAGUUCAUGCAAUUGAUUUAGAUGAUGGUGAUAAUGGUAAAAUUAUAUAUAAACUUGAAGCAUAUGAAGGUUAUUGGCAAUUAUCAUAUAAUUCAUAUCAAUCAUUCAAUAAUAUUAAUCAUCAUCAUAAUAAAUCAUUAAAUAAUUAUUUUAUUAUUGAUCAAAUUUCUGGUGAGAUACGAAUUAAUCAAUUAAUUACUAAUGAAAAUUUACAAAAAAUACCUAAAAGUUUAAUUAUUUUAGCUGAAGAUUGUGGGAUACCAUCAAGACGAAAUUAUGCCUUAUUAUAUAUUGAUUUUAUAAAUGAAAAACAAAAUAAACAAAUAAUGAACAAUAAUAAUCAUUAUCAUGAUAAUUCAUUAUUAAAUAUCAAUCAUAAAAACAUAAAAACUAACUUAGAUACUAUUGAUCAAUUAAUUAAUUCAUCAAUUGAUUUGAAUGAAUAUCAUAAAAAUCAAUAUAUGGGAUUUUAUUCAAAUAGGAAUAUCAAAAUCCAUAGUAACAAUAAUAAUCAUAAUCAUAAUAAUCCACAAUUGAAAUUAUUGGAUAGUGAUAAACAACAAAUAAAUCAUCAUCAUCAUCAUCAAUCAAAUUUAUUAUCUACAUCCAAAAUGAAAUAUACUCAAUCAAUGAAUAAAAAAUUAUCAUUCAAAUCACCAUCAUUAAUUCAAUUACAAAAUAAUCAACAAAAUGAUAAUGAUUUAGAAAGAUUAAUACCAAUUUAUGAAAAUUCUAUAAAUACUGAACCAAUGGAAAUCAUUAAUCCAUAUCAAAAUAGUACUGAAUUAAUUACUGGUUUAGGUAUUGGAUUAGUAAUUAUUAUUUUAGUAUGUUUAUUAUUAUUAAUAACUUAUGCUUUACAUGGUGUACAAACGAUUCGAUUAAAUAGAAAUGGACUUCAUAUUGAUCGUAAUAAGUUACAUAAUAAUACUAUGAAACAAUAUCAAUAUAAAAGUGAUAAAAGCAACAAUAACAAUCAUAACAUGAACAAUCAAAUCGAUGGGAAAAACAACGAUCAUACCAGUAAAUGGAAACAUUUCUGUAAUGUUAUACAAUUGGUCAUCAACCGUAAUCGUCCGUUGAAUAAUGAAACAAUGCCGAAAAGUAUUAAAACCGUGAACUCUUCAAAAUCAUAUGCAUUAAAUCAAGAUAAAAAUAAAUCAUAUAAUGUACUCGGUAUGACAAUGGAUAUACCAUUUUCUAAUGAUUGGGAAAGUGUUCAUAGUGAAUUUAAUCCAGCCAAUCCAAAUCAAAAACAGAUUAGUAAUGAUAAAAAGCUUAAUUAUGCUAACAAAACUAUGAAUCAUCAGUGUAUCUAUCCACAAAUAAGCACAUUUGUACCUGUAAUGAAUUCUGUUGAAAUGGAUACAAUGUGUAAACAUGAUACUUGUGAAAUUUCACCUAAUGAUACAAUUAAUACUGUUGGUAAUACAAUUACUACCAAACAUAAUCAACUUUUACAAACAAAUAUUUCACAAGAUGAAUCACAACUAGAAUUACAUAAUACUAGUGAUGGUAAUAGUAAUAAUAUUAAUAAUAAUGAACCUAACAGUAAUCGUUAUCCACGUAUUUAUACUGUUUGUACAGACGGUAUUCUACCAAUAUCAGAUUAUAUGACAUUAAAUCUUCCAGAUAAUCAUAGUCAUUAUGUUAAACAUUUGAUGCCGGCAAAUUGUCAUUUUUUAACAAAUAAUAUAGACUUUCAUAGAUCCAAUAUGACUGUACCAAAAGUUUCAUUUCCGCAUAAUGAUGAUAUUUAUCUUCAUCGUCAUCAUUAUCAUCAUCAUCAACAACAUCAUGAGCCAUUAAUGAAUACAUCAAAUGAAUUACAUAAUCAAUCUCUUCUUCUUACUCAAACUCCUGUAACCUAUUCUUCUUCAUCAUCAUCUUCAUUGAAUUAUUGUACUUCACCAGGACAAUAUUGUCGUAUACCAUCAACAAUAAAUAAUAGUAAGAAAUUAUCAAAUUCAUUAAAAAAUUGUACAAAACAACAUGUUAUGAUAAAUAUAUCAAAUGAUCAAAAUCAAAUAAAUAUUGUGAAAAGUACAGAACAAAUAAAUAAGAUGUUAAAUAAUAUAAAUCAACAAAAUAUUCCAGAGGAUUCUUUCAAGGCGAAUUCCUUGAAAUCGGGCAGUUUUGUAUAACAAUAAUAAUAAUAAUAAUAAGUACUAUUAUGAUUAUGAUUACUCUGUUAUUAUAGUUUUUCUCUGUGAACAUAUUCACUAUUGUUUUCCAUCAUUUUAAUCUAAUGUUAAAUCAUAUUCAUUAAAUUAAGUUAUUUAAGGUAAAAGAAAAAGAACAAACCAACAAACAACCGUUUAAAUAUUUCAAUAUUCAAUGUAUCAACAGGGUUUUUUAAUUGUUUUGUUUUAUUUACCUUCUUCUCCUAUUCGUCCUUCAUUAAGCACAAAAAAUAUGUUCUUUUAAAACACUUUCCUCAUUAUCUUUAAUAUAUCGAAUGGAAAUAUAUAUAUAUGUAUGUGUUUGUUUAUUUGUUCGCUGUUUUGUUUUUUUGAUCAUGGCAUUCAUAACGUUGUAUUAUUUAAAUGGUAAAAUUUUUGAAAUAGGUUUCUUUGUAAAUGGGAUUCUCAGCAAUAAUAUGAAUACUAUAACUUGUUUGUGUUUU